AGCGCCCGCCCGCUUCACACCAGCACACGGAGUCGGGCCGACGCGAGCACCGCCAUGCUGAUCAAGGAGUACCGCAUCCCCAUGCCCAUGAGCGUGGAGGAGUACCGCAUCGCUCAGCUCUACAUGAUCCAGAAGAAGAGCCGAGAGGAGAGCUGUGGCGAGGGCAGCGGGGUGGAGAUCCUGGAGAACAAGCCCUACGAGGACGGACCGGGGGGGUCGGGUCAGUACACGCACAAGGUCUACCACAUCGGCAAACACAUCCCCUCCUGGUUCUGUGCCAUCCUGCCUCAGGCCGCCCUGCGGGUGGAGGAGGAGUCCUGGAACGCCUACCCCUACACGCGGACCCGGUACACCUGUCCCUUUGUGGAGAAGUUCUCCAUCGACAUCGAGACGUACUACAAACCAGACACCGGGAACCAAGUGGACGUCUUCAACUUGUCUUCUGCCGAGAAGAGGCAGAGGACCGUGGACCCCAUAGACAUCGUGAAGGACUACAUCACUCCUCACGAGUACCUGGUGGAGGAGGACCCCAAGCUCUACCAGUCGGUGAAAACCCGGCGCGGCCCGCUGACGGACGACUGGAUCGAGGAGAUCAACCAGGAGGGCGGAGCGUGUCCCGUCAUGUGCGCCUACAAGCUGUGCAAAGUGGAGUUCAGAUACUGGGGCAUGCAGUCCAAGAUCGAGCGCUUCAUCCACGACGUGGGCCUGCGUAAAGUGAUGGUCCGGGCCCACCGGCAGGCGUGGUGCUGGCAGGACGAGUGGUACGGCCUGACCAUCGAGGACAUCCGGCAGCUGGAGCUGGAGACCCAGCUGGCUUUGGCCAAGAAGAUGGCCCAGUACAGCGAGGCCGGCGCCGACAACGGCGGCUCCUCCUCUGCCUGCCAGGACCAGGGCCCGGGGGCCGAGGCCCAGGCGGGGGCGGGGGCGGAGGCCGACGGGGGAAAGCUGGGGGACUCCCUGGAGACGCGGGGCGAGCUCACCAAGCAGUGGUCCACGUCCUCCAGGUCCUCCAACAGGUCGUCCAAGAGGGGCGGGAGUCCUUCUCACCAGAGCAUCUCGGAGUGGAGGAUGCAGAGCAUCGCCCGAGACUCCGAGGACAGCACGGACGACGAGUUCUUCGACGCUCACGAGGACUUCUCUGACAACGAGGAGAUGUUCGCCAAGGAGAUCACCAAGUGGAGCUCCAACGACCUGAUGGACAAGAUCGAGACGAUGGAGGCGGACGAAGCACAAGAGAUGUUGUACCAGGAGUCGGGCGGAGAGUACUCCAUGAUGAGUAACGAGGAGAGGCAGAUGGAGGACUGUUCGUCCCAGCAGUGUCUCCAGUCGGCCCAAACUCACGUCCUGGUUCUGGUGCUGCACGGGGGCAACAUCCUGGACACCGGCUCUGGUGAACAGAACAGCAAGCAGGGCGACCUGAACACGCUGAGCGGCGCCUUCGACACGGUGAUGGGGGUCCACUACCCGGCGGCGCUGGGCCGCAUCGCCGUCCGCAUGGUGCCGUGCCCGGCCGUGUGCGUCGACGCCUUCUCACUCGUCUCCAACCUCAGCCCUUACAGCUACGACGAGGGCUGCCUGUCCAGCAGUCAGGACCACAUCCCGCUGGCCGCGCUGCCUCUGCUGGCCACGUCGGCGCCGCAGUACCAGGACGCCGUGGCGGCCGUCAUCCUGCGAGCCAACCAGGUGUACGGCGACUUCGUCCGGUCUCUGGAGGGGGCGUCGUUCAACGGCCAGGUGUGCGUCAUCGGGGACUGCGUGGGGGGGAUCCUGGGGUUCGACGCCCUGUGCAGCAGCUCGGUGACGGUGUCGGAGAGCCAGAACAGCAGCAGGCGGGGCAGCGCCAUCAGCGUGCAGGACGCGGACCUCCUCUCGCCGGGCAUCGUCAUCAACUGCGUCUCGCCGUCCCCGCCGACCCUGGAGGGAAGCCGCCAUCUCAGCCGCAGCAACAUCGACAUCCCCCGCUGCUCGGGCCCCGACGACCCCAAGAGGCCGCUUCCACGCAAGCGCAGCGACUCCUCCACCUACGAGCUGGACACCAUCAAGCACCACCAGGCCUUCCUGUCCAGCCUCCACUCCAGCGCGCUCCUCGGGGAGCCCGGCUCGCGGCGCUCCAGCGGCAGCACGAUGCUGGAAGGAGGCUCUCUGGGGAAGUUCGACUUCGAGGUGACCGACUUCUUCAUGUUCGGCUCUCCUCUGGGGCUGGUGCUGGCGCUGAGGAAGACCGUGGUGCCCACGCUGGAUGUGUCCGCUCUGCGUCCGGCCUGCCAGCAGGUCUACAACCUGUUCCACCCCGCCGACCCGUCGGCCUCGCGCCUCGAGCCCCUCCUCGACAAGCGCUUCCACCUGCUGCCCCCCUUCAGCGUGCCGCGCUACCAGCGCUUCCCUCUGGGCGACGGACACUCGGCCCUGCUGGUGGAGACCGUGCAGAGUAACCCCCACCUGCUGAUGGAGUCCGUCGGUUCGAUUUCCCAACGCUACCAGGACAGCAGCGUCACCGAGACGUCCAUCCCCGUGCCCGUCCUCAACUGGCAGCUCCUCAGCGACGCUGACUCUCUUCCCUCGCACGUUUUCGUGGAUGGCCAGGUCCCGUCCCCCACCUCCCCGGGUGUCCCCCACCUCCGCUGCACCCGGCGGGCCAGCGAGGCCAGCAUCGCCAGCCAGGUGUCCGGCAUGGCCGACUCCUACACCGCCUCCAACAUCGCCACCACACGCGAGCCCGAAGCCGGCCCCUCUAAGAGGCCCGGCCUUCUGGCCCAGCUGGCCCUCCCCAACAGUAGGUUGGCCUCUCGCAGCCCGUCGCUGCGCUCCAGAAAGUCAGUCCGCCGGGUGUUCCCCAGGUCGGAGCCCGUGACCUCUGACCUCUCGGACGUCACGUCGGACGUCGCCGACCUCAGCUCGGCCCCCCCGUCGCCCGGGCUGCUGAAGAAGAUGGAGAAAGUUGCGUCUCGGUGGUGGGGCAGUAAGCGGAUGGACUACGCCUUGUACUGCCCCGAUGCCCUGACGGCGUUCCCCACCGUGGCCCUGCCGCACCUCUUCCACGCCUCCUACUGGGAGUCCACGGACGUGGUCUCCUUCUUGCUGCGACAGGUGAUGAGACAUGAGAACUCCAGCAUUCUGGAGCUGGACGGUAAAGAAGUGUCUGAAUUCACUCCGUCCAAACCUCGAGAGAAGUGGCUGCGCAAGAGGACUCACGUCAAAAUCAGGAACGUCACGGCGAACCACCGGGUGAACGACGCCGUGUUCACCGAGGACGGAGCCCAGAUGGUGACUGGGCGCUUCAUGUACGGCCCGCUGGACAUGGUCACCCUGACCGGAGAGAAGGUGGACGUGCACAUCAUGACGCAGCCCCCCUCCGGGGAGUGGGUGUUCUUCAGCACGGAGCUCACCAACAGCAGCGGCCGCGUCUCCCACCUGAUCCCCGAGGGCAGGAGGCUGGGCGUCGGGGUCUACCCCGUCAAGAUGGUGGUCAGGGGCGACCACACGGUGGCGGACAGCUACCUCUCCGUCGUGCCCCGGGGGACCGAGUUCGUCGUGUUCAGCAUCGACGGCUCGUUCGCCGCCAGCGUUUCCAUCAUGGGGAGCGACCCGAAGGUCCGGGCCGGCGCCGUGGACGUGGUGAGGUACUGGCAGGACUUGGGCUACGUGAUCGUCUACGUGACGGGUCGGCCCGACAUGCAGAAGCAGCGCGUGGUGGCCUGGCUCUCGCAGCACAACUUCCCCCACGGCAUCGUGUCCUUCUGCGACGGGCUGGUCCACGACCCCCUGCGCCACAAGGCCAACUUCCUCAAGAGCCUCGUCGGCGAGGCCCACAUGAGGAUCUUCGCAGCCUACGGCUCCACCAAGGACAUCUCUGUGUACUCGUCCCUCGGCCUGCCCCCCUCCCACAUCUACAUCGUGGGGAGGCCCACCAAGAGGCUGCAGCAGCAGUGUCAGUUCAUCCCGGACGGCUACGCCUCCCACUUGUCCCAGCUGGAGUACAACCAGAGGUCCCGGCCCGCCAAGUCCACCAGCACCCGCAUGGUCCUCCGCAAGGGCAGCUUCGGCCUCGGCGCCGCGGGGGGGGAGUUCCUCCGCAAGCGCAACCACAUCUUCCGCACCAUCUCCUCCCAGCAGGCGGGGGGCGGCGUGCCGGCCUCCCCCGGCCAGCCGGGCCGGGCCGAGCGGACCCAGAGCCAGUGCGAGGUGGAGCGGGACCGGGGGGUCGGGGCGGCGACCCAGAGGAGCAUGAGCAUAGCGGCGGGCUGCUGGGGGCGCACCGGCAGCACCAAGGAGGGCAGCGGGGGGGUCGCUCGGCCCUAAAUGAAGCUCCGGGGGGGUUUGAAGCCGCCGUGAUCUCUGGACUGGACACACAGAGACCGGGGGAGGGGGGACAGGAAUGGAGGGUUUGUACUUUAGAACCGGGGGGAGG